GUUUAAAAUGUUUUGAACUUUGUAUCUUAACCUAAAAAUUAAUUGGAGUAGUCAUCAUGGCCGAUCUACCAGCAACAUUUGCUGAUAUUAUAGCAGCAAAACAGCGGAUUUCAAAAUACUUGCACAAAACGCCAGUAUUCACAUCUUCUACUGCUGAUGAAUUGUCUGGAAAACAACUGUUUUUCAAAGCUGAUAGUUUGCAGAAGACUGGCUCAUUCAAGGCCAGGGGUGCAUUAAAUGCUAUUCUUGCUGCAAAGGAGAGAAACCCAUCUUUGUCUGGCAUAGUGACACACAGCAGUGGCAAUCAUGGACAAGCUGUUGCCUGGGCAUCAAGAUGUGUUGGCUUGCCAAGUUUUGUAGUUGUACCCAAGACAGCAGCAGCAAACAAAAAAGCUGCUAUACAGGCUUAUGGAGCACACCUCAUUGAGUGCGAACCUAAUCCAGCUGCCAGGUCUGAAACUUGUGAACGUCUAAGGCAAGAAAAACAGCUGGAGUUCAUUCCACCUUAUGACCACCCUGAUGUGAUAGCUGGGCAGGGAACUGCAGCCUUAGAACUGCUGGAUGAGGUGAAUGACCUUGAUGCUAUACUAGUUCCAACGAGUGGAGGUGGACUGAUAUCAGGAAUCGCUAUAGCAGCAAAGUUUAUUAGACCCAGCAUCAAAGUGUUUGCUGUUUCACCAAAAGGGAAGAUGCUAGAAGACUGUCUAAGAUCAGGUGAACGACUUUGGCCUGAACCAUCCCAAUAUCUGAACACAAUAGCUGAUGGCAUUCAGCUUCAGUCAGUUGGCCAUGUGACAUUUCCCAUUUUACUUCAACUAGCAGAAAAGGAGGUUUUUGAAAUGAGUGAUGACGAAAUAAUUCAAGGGAUGAGAUUUGUUUUCCAGAGAAUGAAGCUGGUAAUUGAAGCAGCGGCAGGGGCCAGCGCAGCUGCAGCACUUUCAGAAAAAAUGAGGUCCAUGGAUUCAUCACUGAGAAAAGUUGGAGUUAUUCUCUGUGGAGGGAACACCGAUAUUGAUCGCCUACCUUGGUGAUGCAGAAAGUUUGGGCACAAGCACUUAUCUGAUCACAAUAAAGAACUGGAGGAACUGAAGAAGUUAUCUUUAAAAUCCUUUCGGGAUAUCGUUGUGGACGAAACAAAUAUUCUUAGUUGGAGUGGUCUUUUGGUACCUGAUAACCCACCGUACAA